UUAGUUAGGCUUUAGUUCUCCUUUAAGAUGAGUAUGUUAUCAAUUAGGUUUAUCUAAACUACAGCUCUAUUUACUUCCUAAGGCACAGGUCGGUAGGCAUAGGUAAGUAGUGGUAAACAUGAACUUGGCAUACAAGUGGUUGCAGUGAGUGUUGCACUACACAGAUAGGAAGGGAGAAAAAUGAACACUACGCAAAGUGAAUGGACAGUUACCCCUGUUUUGGGGAUUUUAACCUUGUUGGAAAUUCAGUUAAUUUGCUCCAAGUCAUUUUUACUGCCUAGAGGAAUCAUGGUGAAAGAUAUGUAAAUUUCUCAUCUACGCAUGUUUGUUGCUCUUCUCUGUUCUCCUCGCCCUGCGACUGGAUAAUAUUAUUCAGUGGAGUUACUGGGCAGUGUUUGCACCAAUAUGGCUGUGGAAGCUAAUGGUUAUUGUAGGAGCAUCAGUUGGUACAGGUGUAUGGGCACGUAACCCUCAAUACAGGGCAGAAGGUGAAACAUGUGUGGAGUUCAAGGCCAUGCUCAUUGCAGUGGGAAUUCAUUUGCUGCUUCUUAUGUUUGAAGUUCUUGUUUGUGAUCGUAUUGAAAGAGGAAACCACUACUUCUGGUUGCUAGUCUUUAUGCCUUUAUUCUUUGUGUCCCCUGUAUCAGUAGCAGCUUGCGUUUGGGGCUUUCGGCAUGAUCGGUCUCUGGAAUUGGAAAUCUUGUGCUCCGUCAAUAUUCUGCAGUUCAUAUUCAUAGCACUAAGACUUGACAGAAUCAUCACUUGGCCUUGGCUUGUGGUGUGUGUCCCGCUGUGGAUCCUGAUGUCCUUCCUGUGCCUAGUAGUUCUGUAUUAUAUUGUGUGGUCGGUUUUGUUCCUGCGUUCAAUGGAUGUUAUUGCAGAACAAAGGAGAACUCAUAUCACUAUGGCAGUCAGCUGGAUGGCAAUAGUUGUGCCGCUGUUGACGUUUGAGAUUUUACUUGUUCAUCGACUUGAUGGGCACAAUUAUUUUGCAUAUAUCCCUAUAUUUGUUCCACUUUGGCUUUCCCUGAUAACUUUGAUGGCAACAACCUUCGGGCAGAAAGGAGGAAAUCACUGGUGGUUUGGAAUUCGCAAAGACUUCUGCCAGUUCCUGCUAGAGAUUUUUCCUUUUCUGCGAGAAUAUGGCAAUAUAUCAUAUGAUAUUCAUCAUGAAGACAGUGAAGAUGCUGAAGAAACGCCUGUUCCAGAGCCCCCCAAAAUUGCACCGAUGUUUCGGAAGAAGACUGGUGUUGUCAUUACCCAGAGCCCAGGAAAAUAUGUUGUGCCUCCUCCUAAACUAAACAUCGACAUGCCAGAUUAAGGUGAAAUUUGGUGGUGUGAGGGCACCUUUUUUUUUUCUUAACUAAUCCUGUUAGAGGUACACUUUCAGGUGUUGUGGACUGAAGGGAAAAAAGACUUUAAAAGCUACUGACCUCAUUCCUUUUGUAUUCCUUUGUAAAUUUGUUUUUGUUCCUGCAGUGGUCUCUGUUUGCUUUUUCCCAUCCCUAAUCUAUGUCAUUUACUCAAGAUCAGGGACACCGAAGCAUCAACUACAGUUCUUGUGGGCAAAGGAUGUUGGAAUUUGUAGUUUAUAAUCUGUGGAUGGCUAUACGUGUUCCCCAUCUAUGGUCUUGGUAAUAAUUGCAGUCUUUGGACUCUAGUUAAAUGUAACCUAGAGAUAUACAAGCUGUGGCCCUUUAGAUACUGAACUGACAAUAAGCUUUGUGAGACAUUCUGGGAAUCUUAAUUCAGUAGCUCUUGGGCCACAGGUUGGAUUUUUCUGUAGUAAAAUUAAGUAUAGUAUAUCUAUUAAGGAUAUGUCCUUGUGUGUGUUAAUAAGUAAUGCAGCUAUUGAACAGAUCAGUCUUCUUUUACAGCAGAACUUGUGCUGUUUUAUACCACUAAAUUUUUUUUUUUUUUAAUUUCUGUGUAAGGAUCAAGCAUUACCUUGGAGAAGUGAUAUUUGAGCAGAGGGCUUAUGGGAUAUAUCUAAUAUACACCUUCCCUUUAGGAGUUACUCCUUGCUCCUUUGUAUAGUAUUUAUAAGAACAUUUUAUCAAUGUAAUAUAUUAUGUUCAAAAUUAUUCUUAUGUACAGUAUAAAUGGAUAAAUACAAAGUAUUUUUUUAAGUAAAAUGUGUAAAAUACAUAUACGUUGUCAAAAUUUCAUUUGUAAUUUACAUUUUAAAAUGGAUCUAUGUGAAUUCUACAAUGAAAAAGAUACAUCUGUACAAUUUCAAAAGCCAGUAAGUCAUUUUGCUUUCUUACGCUGAUAAUGCAAAAUGUACAUUUUAUGUAUGAUGUAAAGCCAGACACCAAUGACAGGAAUGCUAAGUUAUUAGACUAUGAAGAAAACAUUGGUUUUAUUUUACUUUGUAACUUGGAUGACAGUUAAGAUAAAUGUUUAAUAAAUUCUUUUCAUGCGUAUGAAACUC